AUGACCGAGCAAUCCGUAGAUACCUCUCGAUCGAGCGCCGAGUCCAGUGUUCCGAAACCUCCCUCACAAAAGGACAAGAACUGCCCGUUCUGUCACCAAGCCUUUACCUCUUCUUCGCUCGGCCGGCAUCUCGACCUCUACAUCAAGACCAAGAACCCGAAGCCGCAAGAUGGCGUACAUAUCGUCGAUGAGAUACGGAGAUUGCGGCAGGGAAUCACUAGAAGACAAGCCCGAACAUCGUCGGUCAAGAAGGAAAGCAGUGGCCCAGCACCGGCAGCCGCACCCAGCUCAGCACCGCCUGUACUGGAACAGCCACAAGCGUCUCCAGUCGUCGUCCACACUCCACCUGUCAAUGGUAUAGUGGGCCAGAAGGUCCGAACGCAGCUCAAUCAUGCCAAUUGGCAAGCUACCGGGGUCAUAAACAACCUACCGCCGCGGCCGACCAGUUCUACGGCCCCAGUGCUACGGAGGGAGGUCUCGCGACAUGAGCAGCAAAAGACGGACUAUGAGCAGCGGCAGAAGGCCACGGAAGAGUGGGAGGCUAUGAAGGCUGCACAAUUAGCGCUGCAGGAAGUUUUGAACAGCGUGAGGGAAGCGAGCGGUCGCGCCACCAGCGGCGGACUCUUCAGUUUCGAUCCGUACACGAUGAGCUUCCCAAGCCUGUGCCUACAUAUUCUUCCCUCGCCAUCAACCCUCUUCUCGCCGACCCCCUUCCCAACGAGCGAGUCCUGGUCCAUCAACCCACCAAACCAGAAACAGUUUGACGCCCUCAACCGCACGGUCCACGAACGCCUCCUCGUAUUCCAGCGCCAGCGACAGCAGCAGCAAUUCUCUUCACCCUCCACCAAUGGCACAAACUCGUCUUCCUCCCUACCAACGCCGCCCCUAUACGAUCCCGACCCGCAGAAACUGUUCGCCCACCUCGCAGACGCCUGGUCCCACUGGAAGAGCCUCCCCGACCAGCAGAAGUACGACGCAUGGCAGCUCGAGAUCCUACGCUCCUACUCCCGCGCAGAAGAGCUCCGUAAACGGGCCGAAUCAGACCUCGAGGCCGCGAAGCGCGAGAUCGAGCAGCUGAGGAGCGCCCGCUGCAGCGGCACCUGGCCGGCCGCGGCGUCAGUACCUACGGAGAACCCACUGCAUGUUCCCACGGACACGAUGAAACAGCUCGGACGGCACGGACUGGAUGUGAGCAAUUGGGACUACGACCGCCUGAUCGAGAAGUGGCGAAAUGUUGUUAGGGACAACCGGAAGACGAGCAACGGGAUGAGUGCGCAGCGGGCGCUGUGUUCGCCGUCAGGGCCGCACACUGGAACUUCCUCUAGCAGCGCGAAUUGCAUGAACGGCCACCAGUUCCAUACUGUCAACGGUAAUGGCGGGAACUGUCCCAGCGGAAAGGCCAAGACAGGAAACCCGACCUUCUCCGCCCCCUCGACGCGGACGAACUCGCUCCAAUCUGCCGACAACUCCGUCGAGGGCGACGAUGACGCCUCAGACGACGACGCGGACGCUGACGUCGACGCUGAAGACGCGACCCCCGGGGCUACGGUGCGCAUAAACGGCCCACAACACCAACAGCCUCCGCACAGCCAAGCGGGACGUGCGCAGCAUCAUGCGCCGCAGCCGCAGCACCAACAGCAACAGACCCCCGCGGCCGCCUCCUCCGUUUGGGCAAGACACGCCCAGAACAUCAACCAGCCCCACCCGCAAAACCACAACCACAGCAACCACCAUAUGCAGCACUCCCAGCAUCAGCAUCCCCACCCCCAUCCACAGCACCCUCAACACCCACCCCUGCUCCAGCACGCCCACUCCCAUGCCCAUCACCUGCCCCAGCACUAUAACCCGCACACCGCCCGCCACCCGCCGCUUAUGCUGUCGCCGACGAAGAUGGACCAUGCUGGCAGCGGCGUGAGCGGCGUCGGCGGUGUAGGGGGCGUCAGUGGUGUCAGUGGUGUCGGCAUCGGGGGCGUGAUGCCCAUGGACGGCAUCGAGGGGUCUGCGGACGGGUUUUUGCAGUAUGGGGAUCUGAAGGGGUUUAUGGUCGAGGAGCGGGGGUAG